AUGCGGCGCUUCACCUGGGAGGAGAUCGGGCAGCGGAACGGGAGGGGUCCAGCCGGGCAGGAGCGCUGGCUGGUGAUCGACAGGAAGGUGUACGACAUCAGCCACUUCUGCCGGAGACACCCGGGGGGAGCCCGGCUCCUCGUCAGCCACGCCGGGCAGGACGCCACGGAUGCCUUUGUGGCAUUCCAUGCCGACAAGGUGCUGGUGAGCAAGUACUUGAAUCCACUGCAGAUUGGGGAGCUGGCACCAGACCAGCCCAGCGUUGAGCCCACUAAAAAUGAAAAGCUGGUGAAAGAUUUCCGGGAAUUGCGCGCCACAGUCGAGAGAAUGGGACUCCUGGAGCCAAACCAGCUCUUCUUCUUCCUGCUCCUGGCUCACAUCCUGCUCUUGGAUACAGCUGCCUGGCUCGUCCUCUUCUACUUUGGGACAUCCUUUCUGCCCUUCGUUUUCUCCCUGCUGCUGCUGACCAUUUCCCAGGUCCAGGCUGCCUGGUUACAGCAUGAUUUAGGACACCUGUCAGUAUUCAGGAAAACCAAAUGGAACCACUUGCUACACAAGUUUGUGAUGUGCCAUUUGAUUGGGGCCUCAGCCAAGUGGUGGACUCUGCUGCACUCCCAGCACCACGCCAAACCCAACUGCUUCCACAAGGACCCUGACAUCGACAUGCACCCUUUCCUCUUCACUCUGGGGAAGAAAUUCUCUGUGGAGCUUGGCAUCAAAAAGAAAAAAUACAUGCCCUACAACCACCAACACAAAUACUUCUUCAUUACUCUUCCUCCGCUCCUGUUCCCCACCUACUUCCACUGCCACACAUUCUACAUUGCCUACACAAAGAAGUUCUGGGUGGACUUGGCCUGGAUGAUGACCUUCUACAUCAGAUUCUUUUAUACUUAUGGAUCUUUAUUAGAAACAAAGAGUCUCCUGGCAUAUUAUUUUAUAUUCAGGAUGCUGGAGAGCAGCUGGUUUGUCUGGGUCUCACAGAUGAACCAUAUCCCAAUGGACAUCGACUAUGACAAGAAUUUGGACUGGAUGUCGACUCAGCUCCAGGCAACCUGCAACGUGGAGCAGUCUCUGUUCAAUGACUGGUUCACAGGGCACCUCAACUUCCAGAUUGAGCAUCACCUGUUCCCCUCCAUGCCACGGCACAACUACUGGAAGGUGGCCCCUCUGGUGAAGUCCCUGUGUGCCAAGCAUGGCCUUGAGUACCAGUGCAAGCCUCUGCUCACAGCCUUUGCUGACAUCGUGUACUCCCUGAAGAGCUCAGGAGAGCUCUGGCACGAUGCCUACCUGCACAAAUAA